AUGGCAACCGUGGCACCUGCGAUUGCUGAGCGCCCUUUGCGGGGCGUCGACUCCGGCAACUCCCAUGUGUUUUGUGGCCGUCGUCCGGUUCCUCGUUUUUCCGCCUUCCCUAGUCGUCUUCGCUCCGCCCGCCUUUUCCUUCUUCCUCUACGACUCGCCGCGAAAAAAACCGCGCUUCCCUGCUGCUCUCUUCACAGAAGCAGAGUCUGUCUUUCUGGCUCGUCUUUUUCUUCUUUUUCCAGAGGCCUCCAACACCCCAAACACGCGCCAGCAGAGCCACUGGGCCCCAGGGUAACAUCCGCUCGCCACAUGUCUGGCACUCUCCUUCACUCCCGUCUUCUCGCGUCUUCUGUCUCUGGCACACCUCGAUGGCUUGCUUUCGGUAUCCGAGGCCCAGGCCGACGCGGUGGAAGUUCGGGCGAGGAGCUCCUCUGCACAAAGACUGCCCCACUGCCGGUUCCUCCACAUUUGACGAAGCUGUUUGAGCCUCCUGCGUCGCUUCAAGCGUCUUCUUCCGCUUGUAGCUCAGCUCUGCUUCUCAGAGGACUCCGACAGCCUUCCUUUCACGCGCGCUGCUGCUCUACGCGGGCUUCGCUCUCUGCGACUCUGGCAACACACGCCUCUGUCAUCUCUUCUCGUCUCCGCCGCCCUCUCUCCUCCUCUCUCGGUUCUACCGCGCGAGUCUCUCUGUCGCCUUCUCCGUCUGCUUCGCUUGCUUCUUCGGCAUAUUCGCUGCUCUCGAACGUCUGGCCAAAAGGCCUGGCCUCUCCUAGCUCAUGCUGCUCCGUGGGCUCGAUGGCUUGCUCUUUCCCCCCCAUGCUUUCACACGGCAGGCUGCCUCUCUCUUUCUCUCUUGUUCCGUCGUCAACGCUCUCCGGUGCUCUUACCUCGCCUUCUCGUGCUUGUCCGGCUGCUGGACCUCUCUGUGCCCUUUCUCUGCCCGCGGCAACUUCAGCUGGUUCCUUCACGAAAGUUCCAGUCGCUGUAGAGGUAACGAGGAGUCCAGUCUCUUCAGUGCCGACUCUCGCGGCGAGGAGUUGCAUGCAGGCAUCAGGAGAGGAACCGCGUCUCUUGGCAGGAGUUUUUUCACAGCAGAAAAGAUGGUGGACGCGUGCCAGUGGAAUGCGGAAUCCAGUCAAGUGGACGCGCGACUGGGAGGUGUUGAAUCGCAAAGUUUACUUUGCAUUUGACGAACGCGAAAUCAGGCGCUCGAUGCUCGACGCAGUCAAUGCGCACCGAAAAACGGCGUCGCUCUUCCACAGAAUGAUCAACGCCGUCCCUGGAGUCGCGCACGCGAUGUCGCUGCCAGGUCCACACACCUUCUUUUUGCCCUCCGACAAGGCAUGCAGAGACCACUUGAGCCCUGAUUCUCUGCAUGCGCUGACUGAGAGAGUCGCUUUUCUUGAGGAGCAGCAGCGCCAGCGCGUCGGCGCUCGCGUUCAGGUCGAGGGGGGGGUUUCAGUGAGAGGGGGCACUGCAGCUGCUAUUGCUGACCGAGUGGCCAAGACGACUGAGCAGCUCCGGACCUUCGUUCUUGCUCACCUCAUCCCGGGGGAGUGGAGGAUGAAAACGCUGUUGCUCGCGUGCGGAGCCGGAGACCCCCGAAGGAACGGCAGUCUGCGCUAUCAAGACACUGACCGAGAGCUGUUUGCCCCGGUCAUGUAUGCGUCGCGACUCGGCACCGGAGAGAAGACAAAAAGGAGGCAAACGGCUUCACGCGAGGGUGUCGAGCACGAAAAUGCACAAGAGUUGGGGAGAACGCGUGACGAGGAGACUGACCGCAGUUCUGUCUUCUUGCUGCCACCGCCGCAGUCGACAGACGAGCCUCUUCCGGUCUGGGUUCAGGCGUCUCGGUACGCAGCGUUUCUGCCCAUCACAACGAGCACAAACUUUCCUCGUUUCGAGGGGACGGAAUGCAGAGGAAAUUCGGACAGAGAGGAAGCAGAGAGUGUGGAAAACAGUGGAGAGUACAGCCAGAGACGCUCGACAGUUGGUGGCGCUCUCCAUCUGUGGGUGGGGGGCGCUCUCGUCACCAAGGGGGAUCUCAGAGCUCAUAACGGCGUGGUUCACAUGAUCGACAAGCCACUGAUUCCUGUGCAGCUAUUAGCGUCCCCGAGAUAG